AUCUUCAAAUACACGGCAAUAUUUGAUGACGUAGUACACAACGCAAAAAGUGCGCAAGUAUUUUUUUCAGUCUUCAAAUUUCGCUGCAGGGAGCAUUUUCUAUUCAAGUGUAGCUUGUGGUAAAAGUAGCUGGUGUUCAACAUGCCAGCAAUCAAACUUAAGAAAAAGACACAGGAGUACCUUGAGGAAAAGAAAAGGGAGAAGGAGGCUCUAGAAGCUGCCACCCCAGCUAAAACAACCCCCGCUACCACACCACCAACUCCACCAAAGAAAAAGAAAGAGGCACGAGCUCCACAAACGCCUCCGGCUUAUCUUAAAGAAAAUGAUAUUCUGUUUGAGAAACGAAAAAGGACAAUCCCAGUUGUUGAGCAGAAGUGCCAAGACUGGAUUAUGGAUAAUUUUGAGAAGAAAGAAGAGGUUCAUGUCAGCGCAAGCAAGAUGUAUGAGUACUACACAGAAUCAGUGCUUCAGGAUGCCGGCAAUGUGGCAGAUGUGGGCUUAUUCAACAGAAUAGUGCGUGAGAAACUAGGGAAAUACUAUGGUGUGAAAGAGAUGUCGCCGCUUCAUGGAAUUAUUAAAGAAAUCAAACCCAAAGAAAAGAAGGUGCAGGGGGAGACACUUAGUCUCAAAAUGAAAGACAUUCUAAAUGAGGUCAUCACUGAAGUUGGGAAUCCUAACAAGGGGUUGAGAUUUUUCAACUUGAAACAGAAAGUAGGAUCCAAGUAUCCAGCUCUGCAGGUCGAGACCUACCCGAACAAACUUCUCAACGCGCUGGAUAGAGGUGUCCGAUACGGAAGCAUCAUUCUGGUGAAAGGAUCGGGGAAAUGUGGCUAUUACCGAGUACCUGGUGAGAGCACGGCAGAGGAAGAUAAACCGAAGCCAAAGGAAAAGAAAAACAAAGGUGAAGUUGAAGAGAAAGAAGAGGAAGAAAAUGGAGAGACAGGAGAAGUUCCGGAGACCUCAGGACAGGAAGAGAAAGUAAAGUCCAAAAAGCGGGGGAAGAAAAGAAAGUCGGAGGAAGCUGAGGAAGAUGAUGGAGAGGGAAAAGAUGAACAGGAGGGAGAGGAGGACAGCAAGGCCGCCAAGAAGAAAAAGAAAAGGAGGGGUAAAUCUAGAACCAGUGCAGACAGAGGCAAAGCAGCUAGGCAUGGGGAUCCGACAAAGAUUGAGGACACCUUCCCUAUGGCUCUGACCUAUAUGUGUGAUCCCAAAGAGGCCUCCAUAGGGAAGAUAAGCAAAUACAUUAACAGAUACUACCCAGCGGUGGACACACAGGCUAAGUAUAUUGAAAAAGCAAUGGAAAAAGGCGAAUCAAAUGGCAUGUGGCAGCUAGUAGGGGGCCAGACCUAUCGUCUUCUGCUGGAAGAGUUUAACCCUGGAUACUCUGAUGAUCUGGAAGAUAUGAUUAGUCAAGCUGUCAUUGCUACUCAUGAACCUAAAAUAGCAUCAGCACUGAUGAUUAAGAAGUAUAUUCUGCAAUACCACGAGAACUUUAGUGUGGACUCCAGACCACAUUUGUUUAGAAAAGCACUGGAAAGAGCAUGUUCCAGAGGCAUCAUCAGACAAAUCUCUGGACUUGGGUGUGGAGGAUCAUUUCAGCUGGUUAAGUCCUUUAUCCCAUCUCCAGCUAUCCUGGCCGGGGAACUGGAGGAUGAAGCCGAAUACUUGGAUGACACUGUCGAGCCAGAUGGAAAGGAUGAAAUCUACAUCGUACGCAAAACUAAGUCUGGGCGAGGGACAGGAACUAAAGAGCGUAAAGAACGUAAACCUCCUGCCUCCCGAAAGUAGCUGUUUAAAGCACUGAAGCAUUUUAACGUGCUGUAGGGAUAAGGACAGAACGCUAGCCAUCAGAAUCAUGCAUGUUGUUCUGGCUGGAAAAAUGUACUAUUGAUUUAAAAAAAAUUUUUUUGCUUUUAUUGUCAUAAAUUUUAUAAUACUUUAUGUUAAAGAGUUACUCAAAUUUUAGCCUGUGCAUACUUUAUAUUAUGUAUGUGCAAUUCCAUGUAAAUGAGUAAUAAUAGAGACAGGUUUUGUUGUUUUAAAUGUUUAAUCAUGCAGUCUACAUUUGAAUGUAAUUUUGAUAACAAUUUUCAUAUUAUGCCAAACUUAAAAGGAUUACAUACGGUUAUAUUUUCAUGAAAGCAAUCUGAAAUGAGGCAUAUGAUUAUGUUAACAACUUGGAUGUGCAGUGCAUUCUCCAGUCAUUUGAAAUCUGCAUUAUUUGUACUCAUGAUUUUAUGACAUUUGAUGAAUAUUGACGAAUUUUACUAGAUCAUUUGGCAAUAUGCUUAUAGAUUGGUUAGUUUUGUAAAUAGAGAAGUUUGUUUCAUGGUACAGGUACAGGAAACCUGUGGAUUCUCUACAAUACUGCAGUGCAUAUAUUCUACUAUUACAUACAAAUCGCAAUCCCCGAUAUGCUUAACCACAAUGUACUUAUUCCUGAAUGUGUAAUUCUGUGUCGAUCGACCUUUCUUUUUAUUCAACAUUUCAUUCAUUUCAUGACCAGUAAAAAAGUAAUACAUUUAAUACAGAGAUGUAUGUGAAAGGCAGCUUGAACCAUUAUGUAUAAAAAAGGUAUUUUUACUUGCGUGUAGUCACCCUAGCAUUUGAUGUCUUGACUGCGUUCAUUGAUCGAGAGAACAUUUCUUGACUUCUGCAGGACUUGCACUUACUUUAUGACUGUUAUGGUGAAAUGAAGAUAAUUAUGCAUUUUAUUGUGGAAACUUUUUAAAAGUGGUAACAUUUUAGGAUGCCUCCAAGUUUUUUUUUUUUUUACUGUGUCAGACAGAUCUGCCAUCUUAUUUUUUCUCAGAUCCGUGCGUGUUGCAUUUUCUUCACAGAGGUAGUGUUAAUCAGCUGUAGCAGAAUAUUUUAAUGUUUUUGUUUUGAGAGAGUCAUAUUCUUUUGUGUAUUGGUCGCUGUAGACCUGUUGCUACUUUUUAUGUUCAAAUGACUGUUGUGUUCCCCACAUAAAGUUUUGUUUCAUAAACAUUAUGUGCAUAUACAUGUCUUGUAAGGAAAUUAAAGAGAAUGUGCACUCCA